GUGCAGUCAAAUAUUUAUCACUGAUUUGUACUUUUAAUUAACGUUAUUAUAACAUAACGUAUAAAACAAUUAAUCAUUUUAUUUAUACAUAUUUAUUGUUGAAUCCAAUAGUGAUUUAAUCGUCAAAACAGUGUUUUUGUGGCAAAUUUCAAAACCUCUCAUCCAUUCAUUCAUUGAGUCACUCACUCAUCCAAAACAUGACACAAACCCACCUGAAGGAGCACUUGCACGGGGCGGUCGGCGCCGACGACUUGAGUAAGAUGUCCGAAGAGGAGCUACAGUUCCACUACUUUAAAAUGCAUGACAAUGACAACAACAAUAAGUUAGACGGCAGUGAACUUAUCAAGUCUCUCAUCCAUUGGCACGUGGAGGAGAGCAAGCAUUUGGGGGCCAACGCACCGGCCACUGGAACCACCAAAAUAUUCACGGAUCAAGAGUUGGAACAAAUGAUUGAUCCCAUACUCGAAAUGGACGAUAAGAAUAGGGAUGGAUAUAUUGAUUACCCGGAGUUCGUGGCCGCACAGAAAGCCCGUGGUUUUACGGGUCAGUUCGUUGUGGAAGAGUUGACCCGAUCGGCGACACAAGAGUCUAUCAAAUGGGCGAUCAGUGGCCGAAGCGGACCAAAGUUGGCUCAAGUGUUGUCCGUCGCCACCAAAGAGACCGGUAUUGACGUCACAAACAUACCCACCAUUGAAGCCGAUAUCCAGUCGGAGGAGUCGUUGCGGGCGAUGACGGCUCGCACUCGACUCGUGUUGAAUACUGUGGGUCCGUAUCGCUUCUUCGGGGAACAGAUGGUGAAGGCGUGCGUAGAGACGGCCACCAGUCAUCUGGACAUUAGUGGUGAACCCGAUUAUAUGGAGAGAAUGCAAUUGACGUACAAUAAAGCCGCGCGAGAUAAGGGUAUAUACAUCGCCAGUGCCUGCGGUUGGGGCUGUAUUCCCGUCGAUUUGGGCGUUGAGUUCCUGAAGAAGAACUUCAAUGGAGAAGUGAAUGCCGUCGAGACCUAUAUAUCUGUCAAAACUGGGCCUCAGGGCGCCCGAGCCAACUUCGCCACCUGGCAGUCGGCUAUCCAUGGAUUCGGCGCACAAUCGCAACUGAAACCACUUCGACGCCGACUAUACAGUGAAGUGUUUACUAAACCGCGUCCGCAAUCCAAGUUUAGAUUGAGUCGAAAAACACUACCGUUCCGUUCGGAGUACGCGAGGGGUUGGUGUCUGCCAUUCCCGGACGCUGACCGGUCUGUGGUUCAACGCACACAACAGUACCGAUACGAGACACUCAAUGAAAGGCCCGCACAAAUGGAGGCCUACUUUACUGUCCCUAACUUCUUAGCACUGAUGGGUCUGCUGUUUGUGGGCGCGAUAUUCGGGGUGUUCACGUCUUUCCGUUGGGGCCGUUCCCUUCUGGAGGCCUAUCCAUCCUUCUUCUCAUUCGGUGCCUUCAGUCGAGUCGGCCCAACGCGGGAACAGUUGAGAGACACGUCCUUCCGAACCAUUAUUGUGGGUAAGGGUUGGGCCGAU